AUGCCCCAGCAGUAUUCUACACAUCAGCAGCUGAACGCUCUGGACAGCGACGCUGCCAUGCUGCACCGGACGCGGCCAUCACCCGCCAGCGCCGCCACCGAACUGCGCCCGCUGUCUGUGUGCCUGUCGCCCCUCUCCCCCGCCACGCUGCAGCAGCCUGUCAUGGCAGGGCGCCAGGGCAACCAGACAUGGCUGCGGCAGCAGCUACAGAAGGCACUGGGGUGGGAUGAUGUCGAGGCCACGGAGGCGGUGGUUGCCGCGGUGGCCGCCGCCGUUGCCAACAGUGAGGACGUGGAGGGACUAGUGGAAGCUUACAUGGGUGGCAACCCAAAGGCGCGGCAGCUGGUGCAGCAGUUCUGCGGCAUGCCGCCCGGCGUGCAGGCGCGCCCGCGCGAUGCCACAGCGCCCAGCACCGCCAGCGGUGGCGGCGGCGGCGGCGGGGCGAGCUCCCGCCCUGGCAGCAGCGGCAGGAGCGCGCCGCAGGCGGCGGAGCCGGCGCCGCAGGCUGACCAGCCCAAGCCUGUGCUGGACAUGGGGCGCAACAUACGCACCACCGUCAAGCCUUCCAGGAAGAAAGCGGCUGCGGGGGCCGGCGGCAGCGGCAGCGGCGGGCCCGGGCAGGCGGGCGGCGCGCAGCGGCUGGAGCGGCCGGUGGUGAACUGCCUGCGGUGCGGAAAGAUUCACGACUGCCGGUCCGCGUCGGAUGAGGCGCGGCGCUUCCUGGAGUCGGGAGGCAUGUGCUCCUUCUGCGGCCGCCGCGUGGCGCUGCGCUACGCAGACGGCACCACCAAUGCUGGCGGCGUCGAGGAGGAGGAGGAGGCGGCGGCGGGUGGCGGCGACGGGCGGCAGCAGGCGGGCCUGGCCGCUGCGCCAGCGGGCGCUCAGGCCCCCCCGGCAGGCGCCCAGCAGGCGGGGCAGCAGGGCGCGUCCGCGGCGGCCGCCGCCGGCUCUGCCUCUGCUGCCGCGGAGGCUGUGGCUCUGAAGGACCGGCUGGUGGGGUAUGACCGCGCGUCUGCUGCGCGCACCACGGUGCUGGAUGACCAAAGCGACUUCUUCGAGAUUGAUGCCAACGCGUGGCUCACGGACGAGGAGCGCGCGGUGCUGAAGCAGCGGGAGCGGGAGGCCGCGGAAGCCGAGGAGGCGCGGCGCCGCCGCGUCACCGUCACCGUCGACCUGCUGGGCCGCAAGGUGGUACUGGAUGCCGGCCAGGCGGGCGGCGGCGGCGGCGACGACGCCGCGCUGAAUGCGCAGCUGGGUGCGGCGCGCGCGGCGGCGGCGGCGCGCGCGGCAGCGGCCGCCACGGCGGCCGAGGCGGCGCAGGGCGGCGGCGCCGCGGCGCCCACCGCUCUGGAGGCGGUGGAGGAGCGGCUGCGCGGCCUGCGCAUCACUGUCAACCCAUCCAUGGCGGCGCGCAACUUUGUCUUCCUGCCCCAGCAGCAGCAGCAGCAGGCCCAGCAGCAGGCCCAGCACCGGCAGCAGGCGGCAAGACCGGCGGCAGCAGCAGCGGGUGCGCAGCAGCCGGGCGGCGGCAGCAGCAGGCAGCAGCAGCAGCAGCAGACGCGGCAGCAGGCCAGGCCGCCAACGGGGGCAGGGUUCUCCCGGCUGCAGCAUGACGAUCCUUUCGACCUGGCAUCUGCCGCCGGAGGAGGCGCAGAGGCGGUGGCUGCCAGCACCUGA